UGCCGCACAAUGAAUGGCCGCUGAGCGCGGCCGGGACCGGAGCCGAGGCUGAGCCCCCCCCACCCUCCGGUUCCCAGUACCUCCCACCAUGGCCCAGACCCUCCAGAUGGAGAUCCCCAACUUCGGCAACAGCAUCCUGGAAUGCCUCAAUGAGCAGCGGCUGCAGGGGCUGUACUGCGACGUCUCCGUGGUGGUCAAGGGCCAUGCCUUCAAAGCCCAUCGCGCUGUACUGGCCGCCAGUAGCUCCUACUUUCGGGACCUGUUCAACACCAGUAAGAGCGCGGUGGUGGAGCUACCGGCCGCGGUACAACCGCAGUCCUUCCAGCAGAUCCUCAGCUUCUGCUACACCGGUCGCCUUAGCAUGAACAUGGGGGACCAGUUCCUAUUGAUGUACACAGCCGGAUUCCUCCAGAUCCAGGAGAUCAUGGAGAAGGGAACUGAGUUCUUCCUCAAGGUCAGCUCGCCCAGUUGUGACUCCCAAGGCUUGCAUAGUGAGGAGGCUCCGUCGUCGGAGCCGCAGAGCCCGGUGGCGCAGACCUCCGCUUGGUCCUCCGGUACCGCGGCCUUGCCGCUGGUGUCGCGGGUGAAGACGGAGCAAGGGGAGCCCGAUGGGGUGCAAUGCACCUUUGUGGUCAAGCGCCUAUGGGAUGGGGGGGCCAAGGAUGGUGGUGGUGCUACAACCGGUGGGAACGGUAGCAGGAAGAUGGCCAAGUUCUCAGCACCGGAACCGGGGAGGCAACAACAACCGGCGACGCCGACAACGGCACCGGUGGUACCGGUGGUACCGGUGGCACCGGGACCCAGCGCCGCGGAUCAGACCAGCCCCGGGGGCACGUCCAGUGCCUACACCAGUGACAGCCCCGGGUCCUUCCACAACGAGGAGGAUGAGGAGGAGGACGGGGGGGAGGAAGGCUCCGAUGAGCAGUACAGGCAGAUCUGCAACAUGUACACCAUGUACAGCAUGAUGAAUGUGGGGCUGGCAGCCGCAGAGAAGGUGGAGGCACUGCCGGACCAGGGCACAUCAGAGCCUCGCACCCGCGUCCGUGUGAGGCAGGAUUUGGCCUCACUACCGGCUGAGCUCAUCAACCAGAUCGGGAACCGUUGUCACCCCAAGCUCUAUGAUGAGGGGGACCCUGCUGAGAAGCUGGAGCUGGUCACAGGCACCAACGUGUACAUCACACGGGCACAGCUGAUGAACUGCCAUGUGAGUGCAGGGACAAGGCACAAGGUCCUCCUGAGGCGGCUGUUGGCAUCCUUCUUUGACCGUAACACCCUGGCCAACAGCUGUGGAACUGGUAUCCGUUCAUCCACCAAUGACCCCAGGAGGAAGCCACUGGACAGUCGGGUUCUGCAUGCGGUCAAGUUUUACUGCCAGAACUUCGCCCCCAACUUCAAGGAGAGCGAGAUGAACGCCAUAGCUGCUGACAUGUGCACCAACGCUCGCCGCGUGGUCCGCAAGAGCUGGAUCCCAAAGCUCAAGCUCCUCAGUGCUGAAGGGGAUUCCUACACAUCCUUCAUCAAUGAGGCCGGGAAGCUGGAGCCGGAUAUUAUGGGGCCGGAGCCGGGUUUUGAUGCCAGCGCCCAUGAGGGGGAAGCAGGAGCCCCCGGAGAGGGGCUGCAGUGACCCCAUUGCCACCUCCAACCCCGUUGCAAUGGGGUGACCCCCCCACCCCUUAUUGGGACCCCAGUAUGAGGUAGGGAUGUCCCUGCCAGGUACAGAUGCUGUCACCAGGUAGGGAUCCCCCUACCUGGUUGGGACCCCGGAACCAGGUAAGGGACCCCAUUGCUAGGUAAGGAACCCCCCCUACAAGUAGGGGCCCUGUCCUAGGUAGGGCAGCCCCCCCGCAAGGUAAGGACCCCAUAACCAGGUCAGGACCCCAUUGCUAGGUAAGGAACCCCCCCUACAAGUAGGGGCCCUGUCCUAUGUAGGGCACCCCCCCCGCAAGGUAAGGACCCCAUAACCAGGUCAGGACCCCAUCAAUAGGUAGGGGACCCCCUCCCCUCCAGGUGGGGACCAUUGGCCAGGUAGAGGACCCCCCUGCUAAGUAGGGACCCCAUUACCGUGUAGGGCAUCCUACCCCCCAUAUAGGGUCCCCCUUGUAAUAGAGCCCUAUGGUUACAUGGGGACCCCCACCCCAUGGGCACCUGCAUUGAGGGUGACCCCAUUGAUGGUGGAAGGAUCCAUGUGGUUGUAGGGCCCCCUCCUCCCAGGGGGUAUGUGUCACCCCCCAGCAGGGGCAGGGGCUGCCCCCAUCCCACCCCAUAGCACUGCUUAGGGG